GCUCCAUACAUGUUGGAACUCAAACUUCUGGCUGAUCGUCGAGUCUCAUAAAAUGCUGCUCAGGCACACCAACAUCCUCUCACGAUCGCAGCAAAUCACACGGACAAUUUUGCGUGCGCACAGGCGCAUACGGGGGCCAACGCGGAAGUGUCGGAGCGAUCGAGGGGCUUGCUCUCACAACUUCCAAAGGGAAAUGGAUUCAUAGUCAUACCGCUCCAUAACUAAUGUUGACGGGCUGGGCUGUAUAGAUGAAUGACACAGAUAC